CUGAGGUCAGGCGAAGUCCAGCGCAUAGCGGGAAAUCAACUACAACUCCCAUGAGCCUCUAGCAUCGGCCCCCAGUGCGAAGGCAUGCUGGGAAGUGUAGUUUGCAUUUUGCAGAGCAGAAGGGUUUGAUCAAGAGAUCUACAAGUGCAGUCUGCAGUCUGGGGGUCUUCUUGAGGAAGCGGUGGAGAGGCGCAGCGGGGGCGAGGGAAGAGAAGGAGCGGGACAGGAAUUGUCUUUAUUUCAGAUUGAACAAGCAUUUGUUUUGGUGCGAGCACCUUUUUUGAGUGAAAGGUGUCUGCGGCAGAGACAGACGUCUCUUUGAUCGGAACAGUUGAUCUUAUCUGAAGUCUUCCCACUGAUGAGGGGAAUGUGAAUGAAGAGAUGGGAGCCCAGCUAACAAGACUGAAGUUUUUGCAGAUGAAAUUGUGAAGCAAGUAGACCUGAGAAACUGCAGCCUCAUCAAAAGAACAGGAUCCAGCAAGUGAACCCUCCUGAGCCAAUACUGUUUACCAUGUACGAGCCGAGAGACAGACCCUGGGGCUGCUUCAGCUGCGUUAGCACAUGUCACAAACCAGAAGAAACUAAACCAGCCUGGCAAGAGUUUCAGGAAAGGCCUUUCUCAGGGUCUUCACUGGUUUGAGAAACAUUAGUCUACCUUUCUUAGUCUGGUGUCAGAUGUUAUGAUUUUAAGCUACGGAUGAACUAUCUUUUGAAAACUCACUGCUAGGUCAUCAAGGGCUAGUUUACACUGUUUCUAAUAUGCUUUACCAGACCCCUCUGUGCUUUACAAUGCUUCCCUAUGCUUUACCAGACCUCUCUGUGCUUUACAAUGCUUCCCUAUGCUUUACCAGACCUCUCUGUGCUUUACAAUGCUUCCCUAUGCUUUACCAGACCUCUGUGCUUUACAAUGCUUCCCUAUGCUUUACCAGACCUCUCUGUGCUUUACAAUGCUUCCCUAUGCUUUACCAGACCUCUCUGUGCUUUACAAUGCUUCCCUAUGCUUUACCAGACCUCUCUGUGCUUUACAAUGCUUCCCUAUGCUUUACCAGACCUCUCUUUGCUUUAUAAUGCUUCCCUAUGCUUUACCAGACCUCUCUGUGCUUUACAAUGCUUCCCUAUGCUUUACCAGACCUCUCUGUGCUUUACAAUGCUUCCCUAUGCUUUACCAGACCUCUCUGUGCUUUACAAUGCUUCCCUAUGCUUUACCAGACCUCUCUGUGCUUUACAAUGCUUCCCUAUGCUUUACCAGACCUCUCUGUGCUUUACAAUGCUUCCCUAUGCUUUACCAGACCUCUCUUUGCUUUACAAUGCUUCCCUAUGCUUAACCAGACCUCUCUGUGCUUUACAAUGCUUCCCUAUGCUUUACCAGACCUCUCUGUGCUUUACAAUGCUUCCCUAUGCUUUACCAGACCUCUCUGUGCUUUACAAUGCUUCCCUAUGCUUUACCAGACCUCUCUUUGCUUUACAAUGCUUCCCUAUGCUUUACCAGACCUCUCUGUGCUUUACAAUGCUUCCCUAUGCUUUACCAGACCUCUCUGUGCUUUACAAUGCUUCCCUAUGCUUUACCAGACCUUUCUGUGCUUUACAAUGCUUCCCUAUGCUUUACCAGAACUCUCUGUGCUUUACAAUGGCUGGAUCCCAGCUGGUUGUUCUCCUCAAGUGUACGGACAUUAUUUUCAAUAGGAACAAGGGUUACAUAAAGACUGAAAACACUUGUCUUAAUAAUACAGUUAAACAGCUCAAACCGAGGCAAGCGGAGGGUGCGUUUAUUUGGAGGUAUGAAGGUAUGAAGGUGUGCCACGGCAGAGAAAAGACUGGGAACCACUGCUGCAGGGGACAGGUGUGAAUGACAGGCAUGUAUUAAGCUGAUAAGCCAGAGGCGUGAUUCUUAUCUUUUCCAAAUGUCUGGGAAAGCUUUGUAUUUCUGCUGUUAUAGAUAUAUACAUAUAUAUUUGACACACCUGUCUUGAAAAGCUCAAGUAAAUGACUGUUCGUGCUUCUAGUCCAGUCUCCCCACGCAUACAGGUUCUCAUGCACAGUAAAAAAACAAACAAAACAGUGUCUUACCUAAGCAGGUGUGUUAAGUUACUUAAAAAACAUUGAGGACUGGAUCAGCAAAAUGCUGACAGCUUUCUACUGAUUAUUAUUUAUUUCUUAGCAGACAUCCUUAUCCAGGGCAACUGACAAUUGUUACAAGAUAUCACAUUAUUUUUACAUACAAUUCCCCUUUUAUACAGUUGGGUUUCUACUGGAGCAAUCAAGGUAAAGUACCUUGCUCAAAGGUACAGCAGCAACGUCCCCCACCUGGGAUUGAACCCACGACCCUCCGGUCAAGAGUCCAGAGCCCUGACCACUACUCCACACUGCUGCUACGGAAAGCAUGAAACAUAGGGAAGCAUUGUAAAGCACAGAGAGGUAUGGUAAAGCAAUAGGAAGCAUUGUAAAGCACAGAGAGGUCUGGUAAAGCAUAGGGAAGCAUUGUAAAGCACAGAGAGGUCUGGUAAAGCAUAGGGAAGCAUUGUAAAGCACAGAGAGGUCUGGUAAAGCAUAGGGAAGCAUUGUAAAGCACAGAGAGGUGUGGUAAAGCAUAGGGAAGCAUUGUAA